AUGUCUUCGUCAAUAUUCUUCAAGUUCAAAUCCCAAAAGGAGCCUACUAGGUUGCCUUUCGACGGAACUGCGAUCUCGGUCUUUGACGCGAAGAGAGACAUCAUUGCCAUCCACAAGCUCGGCGACGGAACCGACUUCGACCUUGCCAUCUACAAUGAGGAAAAUAAUGAAGAAUACGUCGAUGAUACGGUAAUGAUCCCACGAGGUACUGCAAUUAUCGCUCGUAGAUUGCCGCCUGCAAAGCCUGGUCGAGGAACCGCCCAGAGAUAUGUUACUGGAAAGAUGCCUACUGCAGCCCUUAGUGCUGGUAGGGUAGAGAAGAAAGUACAUACGAUACAUGCAGGCGGUCCUUCAAAACCUGCUGCUGCUUCCGUACCUUCGGCAGUGCCUGGCCUAGGUGCCGAAGGACAAACAGAAGAAGAGAGAAUUGCGGCCAUGUUCCAAGCAUCCAGCGAACAAUGGAACCAGACCCAAGAGCAGAUGGCCAAUGCCCGGCCUAUUCACGGACAAGGAGGAUUCAAGAAGAAGAAUGUACCUGCACCAAGCCACCCACCCCCGACUGGCUAUGUUUGCUAUAGAUGCGGAGAGAAAGGUCACUGGAUCCAACAAUGCCCUACAAAUGCGGAUCCGAACUUCGACGGUCGGCCUAGAGUCAAACGGACGACCGGAAUCCCGAAGAGUUUCUUAAAGACAGUUGAGAAGCCCGUCAUCACAGAUGAAGAUGAUGGCAAGCCUGUUUCUGUCAUGGUUAACGCCGAUGGUGAAUACGUCGUAGCGGAGCCAGAUCGUGCCUCGUGGGAACUGUUCCAACAGAAGACUAAGGCGGCCGGUCUGACCGGUGAAGCCGCUGCUGAAGCAAAGAUACUAGAGGAGAAAGGCCUAGCUUGUCCGAUUGACAACAAAUUGUUCAAGGACGCAGUCAAGACACCUUGUUGCAAGAAAACUUAUUGCGAUGAUUGUAUACAAAACGCUUUGGUAGAGAGUGAUCUUGUCUGCCCAAAUUGUGAUACGAAAGAAGUGCUCUUGGACCGCUUAAUUCCAGAUACUGAAACCAGAGAGAGAGUGAAGGAAUAUUUAGAUAGUAAGAGGGCUGCAUCGGAGGAGAAGGAAAAGGAGAAAUCAAAGUCGCCUACCCCUGCUAAGGCUGUCAUCGUAAAGACCGAACCUGGCAUCAAGAAAGAGUCAGGUACUCCGAAACUUGAAGCAGCGAAACCAGUUGACACCGCCCCAGCACUAUCCAACCCGAAGAAACGAUCUGCUGAAGAUGAUGGGGCGAGCAUGAAGAGGUCUGCUAGUGCCGCCUCCAACGACUCUGGAUCCAAACGUCUAAAGCCAAGCCCAACCCAACAGAAAUCCAUCAUCCCAAACACUGGAAACUCUCCUGCCAUGCAAAAUGUUGGCCUCGCCACCAACGGUGUCGUGCAAACCCAAACACAGAACCAGAACCAGAACCAGAGUCAACAACAUUCUAUGGGAUUCUCUCAGAAUGGCUUCAUGGGUAACAUGAACGGUUUUGACUUCAAUAAUAAUAACAUGGGUAAUAUGAUGAACAACAAUAACGGCAUGGGUUUCAACAAUAACAACAAUAACAGCAUGGGCAAUAUGUCCGGCAUGAACAUGAAUAAUAUGGGCAUGAACAUGGGCACCAAUAUGAGUACGAAUAUGGGUACGAAUAUGGGUAUGAACAAUGGGAUGGUGAAUAGCAAUAUGGGCGGUGGAUACAAUAACAUGAAUAUGGGAAUGAUGGGGAAUAGCAUGGGGAAUAUGGGGAACAACAUGGGAAACAGCAUGGGAAACAACAUGGGAAACAACAUGGGAAAUAAUAUGGGAAACAAUAUGGCGAUGAACGGCGGAGGUUAUAACAAUAACAUGAUGUCUGGCUACGGCAACAUGAACAACGGUGGUGGUGGCGGCGGAGGAGGAGGUUACGGCAUGAACAAUAUGGCGAACAACGGCUAUUAUAAUAAUGCUGGCGGUGCUUACAACAACAACCAGCAACAAUUCAAUAACAACCAGCAAUGGGGCGUGCAACAACAACCGCAGCAGCAGCGAAAUAUGAACAUGGGGAUGGGCCAGAAUAACAUGAAUAUGGGCAACGGCAUGAUGGCCCAGCAGAAUCAGGGGUGGAAUAACAAUGUUGGUAUGGGUAAUGUCAGCAACAUCAGUGCUGCCGCAUACCAGGCACGAAAGGUCUUUAGCGAGCCUUUCCCCACCGAUGAGGAUAGCCCGUACAUGAGGAAACCAGUUAAUCCGUAUCGACACAUGAGGCCGAAGCGGGCUCGUCCCUCUGAUUAUACUGCAGUCGGCGGCGGAGUAACGGAUUAA